AUAAAAUAAAAAUUAGACUUUUACAAGAUCUAAGAAAAAUUAAAAAGAAGUAAAGUACAAACUAAUAUCUUUUUAAGUUCUAUCUAUAGGUUUAAAAGCACUAAGUAAAUAGAAGAAGUUUAUACUAAAAUUAAUUAUAAUUUGCCAUAAAUGAUUGAGUUCAACAAAGAAUGUCUUAUGGACAUCCUUAAAAAUCAAGAUUACCAUUUUUAUAUGGUCAUUCCUUUGAUUUUCAUAGGUCUCUACGCACUUUAUAUUAAAAAAUUCAAAUACUACAAUCCUAUUGAAAAGCAAGAAUGGGAUGAUAGACGCUCUAACGUCAAGAGAGGUAACCCACCUCCAAGCUAUCCUAAUGGUUGGUUCAGAGUUUGUCACAAAAAUGAACUCUAAAUUGGUCAAUCUAAGUUCUUCAAGCUUAAUGGUCGUCACAUCACUGUUUUCCGCGGUGAAGAUGGUAUCCCUUAUGCUUUACAUGCUUACUGCUCUCAUAUGGGUGCAAAUCUCGGUAUUGGAGGUAAAGUUAAAUGGAACUCUUGUAUUGAAUGUCCUUUCCAUGGAUGGUCUUUCGACGGUAAAUCAGGUAAAUGUGUUAACUCUGAACAUUUAGAUGAGAAGUAAUGUACCCACCACACCUAUCACGACAUCAAGAAAAUGACCAAGGGUUCUGACAACAGAUACAUUAAAACAUGCGAAUCUGGUUCUCCUUCCUAAAUCUAAAAAUUCCAUGUCCGUCAAUAAAACAAUUUAAUUUAUGUCUGGUUCCAUGCUAAAAACGUCGACCCUUACUAUGAACCUUUUGAAAUUAAUGAAAUUCCUUAUCUUGAAGAUAGAGGUGAAACUGCCGACUAUGUUAAUUGCUAAAUCCAAGAAAUCCCUGAAAACGGAGCUGAUUUCAAGCACUUUGAAUACGUUCACUACGCUUGGAUCGAAAUACUUUUCCCAUGGAUUAAAUUCAAGUGGGUUCCUAAGGAUCGUAAACCAACUGAUAAGGACUUCGAUGAAGUAAUGAGAACUCACCCCAACAAAAAGGUUCAAGCCUUUUCAAACAAGCUCUUCGACAAGUACACUAACGAAUAAAAUAAAACUCACAUCAAUAACCUCGUCUUGGAUGCCUAUCUUGUCUUCUUUGAUAAAUUUGAAUUCUACAUCUAAACUGCAACAGUCUUCUAAUUAGGUUCCGGUACUGUAUUUUUAUUCUUGAAAUUCCCCUUAUGGGAAGCUGUUGUUGUCUAGAGUGUUACUCCUGUUGGAAAGUUCAAUUAACUUGUUCACCACAAGAUGUACACUUCCUGGUGGUUACCUUACUGGGUCUCUGCUUAUCUCCUAGCUGGUUUUAGAAAGUAAUUCAUUUCUGACAAAAUUGUCUGGAAUAACAAAAUUUUUGCUGACAAGCUUACAUACAAUCCUAAAGCUGUAUUUGAUGAGAGACUCCUCAACUGGAGAGAAUGGUAUUCUCAGUACUACGAAGGCUGCGAUGAAUUCGAAAAGAACCAAGAAGCUUUUGACUGGUGA